AUGGAUGAGCCUGUUGAUGAUGGUUUAUUUAAUGAGCAUUAUGAAUUCCAAGAAAAAUAUGAAAUCAAGGAAUCUGAGGAUGAUGAGAAAGGUUAUGGGAGAGUACAGAAGAAAAGAAUAUUUGAUCUCGAAUCCGAAGGUGAAAGUUACUUUGGGACAAAUUUUUGUGGCUCUAAUGCUUUCACAUCAGUACCACCUUCCGUUUCGACAACAAAUUUGGAGGAGUUUAUGAAACAAUUGAUUCCAUCACUUAAUAAUCACUUUCUUCCGGUAGUUUUUGAUCGUAUUGGUGUACAAGAAGUGGUGACAUCUGAUCCUCCUACUACUAAUGAUGAUGACGUCGUUGAUUCGUAA